GUCUGGGUGGCAGGGGCGGUGCCAGUGAUAAAAAGCUUUGGACAGGGCAGGGGACCAGUAAGCAGUUCACUUCUGAACACGUUCGGUUUGAGAUGCCUCCUGGAGCUCCACUGGGACACCUCUUGGGCCUAGUCAGUGGGCCUGGGGCUGGAACUCAGGAGAGGAACAAAGGACGGCUCCAGAAGCUGACUCAUUGACCCAGAGAUGAGACACUGGAGCGGUUUGCCAUUUCCUUAUCCGGUUCAUUUUCCAGAUGAGGAAACUGAGGCCAACAAGAUCACGUGAUUCGUCCAGUGUCACAUGUCUAGGCAGUGACAGAGGUGUUACGUCGGAAGUCAGGUGGUAAACUUUCUAUAUAAGUGCGGCCAGCUCUGCUGGCUUAGUUCAGCAGCGAUGUUCCUGCCCAAUGCGACUCGGCUGCUGCUGGGGGACCUGCUGCCUGCGGUGACUGGCGCCGCCUCCUCCACCACGGGCCAGGAGGGCGCUGCCUCGGGGGAUUACAGCCCCUACUCUACCACCACCAUGGAGGCGGCUCACAACGACACCACCACCAUCCCCGACUGGUGGCAGCCCAAGAUCCUGCGGCCCCCCAACGUGUUCCUGAGCAGCUUCUUGUCUCUGCUGCUUUCUUUCACCAUCGUGAUGGACCUCGUGGGCAAUUCGUUUGUCAUCGCCGCUGUGACCAAGAACGAGAGACUCCGCAACCUUGGGAACAUCUUUGUAAUCAGUUUGUCUGUGGCCGACAUGCUUGUUGCUGUGUAUCCUUACCCUAUGACCUUGAUUGCCAUCUUGAACAACGGCUGGACCAUGGGAAAACUCCACUGUCAACUGAGCGGCCUGAUUACAAGCAUUAGCGCUGUUAGCUCCGUCUUUAACAUCAUGGUGAUAGCCCUCAACCGCUACUGCUACAUCUGCCAUAGCCUCCUGUAUGAGAAGAUCUUCACUGGAAGGAACAGCAUCCUCAUCCUCAUCGUGACCUGGCUGAUGACCAUGUUGGCCCUCAUCCCCAACUACUAUGUGACCACCGUGCAGUAUAAUCCCCAGGUCUAUACCUGCAGCUUUGUCUACACUUCCUCUGCCAUCUACGCCUUUGGAGUGAUGGCCCUCCAUUUCCUCAUCCCCCUGACGGUGGUGGCAUUCUGUUACCUGAGGAUCUGGAUCUUGGUCAUUCAAGUCAAUCAUCGAGUCAAGGUCACCAAGCCGAAGUUCAUGCUGGUGGAUGUCCGCAACUUCAUGACAAUGUUUCUGGUCUUCGUCCUCUUCGCUCUGUGCUGGGGUCCGCUGAAUUUCAUCAAGCUCGCCAGGGUCUUCGAUCCUUUGGGCAUUGGCCCUAGCAUCCCAGAGUGGAUGUACAUUGGGAGCUACUACUUGGCCUACUUCAACAGCUGCGUCAACGCGAUGAUCUACGGAACUCUCAACCAGAACUUCCGCAAGGAGUACCAGCGCAUCGUCCGCAACACCAAGGAGUCGGCCUACUACUUUGUCGUCGACCUGCAGGAGCAAAUCCAUGAGAUGAGGAUGAGGCGCAAGCCAACCUAUGCCGGGGCCAGGCGCAUCCAAGGAGACACCUACCUGUGAAGACAGAAGUCUCACCGUGUGUCCUUAGUGAUGGCUAAGUGACAGGUCCCAGUUCUAAGUUUGCUCCGCAUACUAUACGCUUAAAGCUUGAUGCACCGUACUUCUCCCUGCUCUGACACAGAGUCUACACACACCCACAUCCCCCCACACAUACACUCCCUAUAUACACACACAUACACAAACACCCCCUAUAUGCACAUACAUAGACACGUGCACCCCCUAUAUGCACAUGCAUGCACACAUAUGCUCGACACAAACCUACACACUAGACACAUCACACCAGCAGGCUUAGAAGUACAGAUUAGUGAGUGUGUUUUAGCUCAUUGUACAAGUGUACCUUAUACUUUGCGUAAUAGUAGCAUAUCUUUGAAAAUACAUAAUACAAUUUUAGAGAACUCACUCAAGUUCCCCAGUGUUUGCCAUUCUAAUUUCAAAGCUACUUCAGCUUUCUUUCCGAUUGAUCUUCAUUUAUCAGUGGCUCCCCACGCUCCUUUUCUCUUCCCCUUUGGUCAUCCCUGCUCCCCCAGCCUCUUGGCUAAGUGGCUAGUCAUCUCUAUAUAAAUAACCAAUCGAUGUAUUUGGGGGGAGCUCAUAUGGGAAGCUUGUGGUUAAAGCCUUCUGUAAAUGAAGUAUCUUUUGGUCGCAUGAAUAUGACAGCAUAGUCAUCUGUUUUGUGAGCGUGAAUUUACAUAUAUUUAAGCAGGCCCACCUGUGCUUCAAAUGGCAGUCAAGGAAGCCGGUGAGAUAAUCCAGUACUUUAAAUGAAUGGCAUCUUUCCUAAAUUUCAGCUGCAAAAUGUUACUCUGAUGUCUACUGAAUUCAAUUGGAAAGCUCACCUCUGACUUAAUUCUUAGUACAGGGCAGUCAGUCAGUCUAAUGGUGUCCUGAAGGGUUUGGAACACUUCCCCCUGAGCCCAGGCCAUCAGGCAGAAUUCCCAAGGGCAGACAGUACACUGCUGCUGCUCCUUCCUCCUGCUGCUGUUCUCAAAAUGUCACAAGUAGAUGUGCCCCCAUAGGACACCGGGGCAAUGUCUCAUUUAGAAUCUCGGAAUGUGGGGUGCCUGGAUCUGAGCAAGUGUUAGCUUUCAGCUUUGGGGAGGUGCUCAGUUUUUCCAGGAAAGCUAAGGUAGAGACUCCCAAGCAGGGCCUGCUAUACCUUCGUAAUUGAAUCCCACAACCACACAGGACCCUGUUCGUCUUCUCUUUCCCAGAGCGGGCAUAAAAAUAGAACAGAUGAGAUCAUCAAAUUUCAGAAAGAGGUUUGGAGUAGAAGCCCAAUUUCAGGGAUGCUCCACUGGGUAAUGGCCAGUCCUCCUUGGACUCAUCCCUCUCAGUUUCUGCCACUGGAACACAGCAAGAGAGACAAACUGAGCCCAUUUCCACCCAUCUCAUCCAUGUCCACACUUGCACCGAGCACCCAAUGAAAUGGUUAAAUAUUGGCACAUGUGGAACAGAAUGGACAGAGGAAAGAAAAGGUUGCUGUCACUGGCCUUGGUUGGGGGGGAAUGAGGUGGAGUUAGAGGGGCUAAGAGAUGGCGGGAAGGGGGAAUAGGAGUAGAGGGCCGCUUUGGGGGUGACUCCCAAAUUCCCAGGCAGAAAAAUGGUAUGAGUGGUGAUUUGGAUAGGCUGACCAAUUCACACUGGGAAUGGUCAGAGGGGGAGAAAGCAAACCUGGGAAGUUUAGUUCGCAGAAACUAGGUGACUUUUUCAAAUGAAGGCUGAGCACAUUAGGUGUUUCGGGGAAGUAGUUCAGACAGCAGCAUUGUAGGCAGGACUCAGACACAAAUCUGCACUUGGGAUUCAACCUGAGAGCUGCCCAACUGGCACUUUUCAUAGUCCAAGCUCAAGGCAAUCAGCCAAAAAAAAUAGAGCAUAAUCUUCUUUCUUCACAAAAUAGACAUACCUAUUAUGAUUAUUUAUUGCUCAAGAAGUAUUUAAGGAACAGAUCCUCACAUACCUCUAUUUAUCUAUUAUUUAUUACUUAAGAAAUAUGAAUAUGUAAAGGACACAUCUUUCCUUCCUUUAUUUAUUACUAUCAUGCCUAUGUGAUGAAUUCUAAUCUCUCUCUCUUUUUAAUGAAUCUUCAAUUCAAACUCGGGAGUCACUGGACAAAAAAAUCUAGUUGUGGCCCACUGCUUUUCCCAGUUAGAUCCAAAAUUCUUAGUAGUUCAGUUUGUUCCUUUCGUUCGAUAAGCAUUCUACUGAAUAAUCACCAAGAACAUUCACCAGACCUUUUCCUUUCUCUCUGUGGUGGCUCUACAGGCUUGCUUUCUUUGUUGAGAGAAAAUGGAGGCCAUCUCAAUUGCUAAGAGGCUCUCCUCUUUAGCUAUGGUACUGCUUGGGAUCACGUACCAGGUUGGCAGGCAGGAUUCUGUCUCACUUAGGGCCACCACCACCCUAAAUCACUCACACUUAGGGCCACAACCCACUUCCCUCCCUACCCCCCCCCCCCCCAUCCACUUCUUCUCCCUUCAUCUCUGGGCUCCCAUAGGGACAAAUUUGCAAAUUCACUCCCACCUUCUCUACUCCUGUGGAUUUUACUUAAGGAAGAUGGCACUUUAAUGAAGGAUUCAUUACAAUUCUAUAUUGAGACACCCACAUUUGAAUCAUUCAAAUCAACCCUACCUAUCUCCAGAUGUCUCCACCUGAGCCUGAGGGGGAUACCAAGAAGAUCCAGAAAAGCCAGAUGACGGAGACACUGCCCCCGUGGAGGCAAGAAGCCACUAAGAGAAGGAGCCAUGGAUCCAUCUGGCACAGUGAAAGAGGGUGAGAGAAGCAGGACCCGAAAGCUUAGUGGUGUCACACUUCCAAGCAGGAGGCUCACCCAAGAGAAGCUCCGAAGAAUAGCUAGCCUUCAGAAGCCUUGCUCCUUGUCUAUACCACACUUGGACUCCAGCCCCUUUCGGGGUUGUGAGGAUGUGGGGUGCUAAUCUUAGUGUUUCCUAAUGGCUUUCUUAGUUACUGGGGUCUCCACUCUGACCUCUUUUCUCAGCUCUGCCACUCACUUUGCUGUCCCUGGGACGCUGAAUGGCAAGAACUUGGAAUAGUUCAGGUGAUCAAUUGACAGGAUUGAGAUCAGCAUAUUUUAAAACCUAGAUAGGGAUUCUUCCAUAAAAGUCAGGCGAGAAGAAUAAAAAAAUUUAAAUUUAUUUAAAAGAAUUCUAUUAGAGUUGGAUUUACUAUAUGAAAUCAUGCCUUAAAGCACUGGAUUUUAAUUAUCUAACUGCCUUAAAAAUUGUGUGUUUAAUGUAACAAUAAAACAUAUUUUCAUGGCAUUAGAAACAAAAA